AUGAGCCCGCCGCUCUCUCGCGCGGGUGGAGCUGCGGCGACGUCGUCGUCCUCCUCUACCUCCACCUCCACCUCGGCCUCUACUUCCUCCUCUUCAUACGCUUCUGUCGUCGCCAACAACUCGUCCUCAUCCUUUCCUCGCCAUCUCGCGACUUCUUCUCGCCGCUUGCCCCAUCUUCACCGUCCGGAACAUCCCACCGCCGACGCCGCCACUACCACCUCCCCUACCAGCAGCACAUCCUCAGCAUCCUCCCCGCAGCUGCUCCCCCAUACCGCAUCGACAGCAACAGCAGCAACAACAACAACAACAGCGACAACAGCGGUUACCACAGCCCGCCGCAAUUCUAUACUCGUCCCUGCCACGCAUGCAGAUAUGCAGAUGAACUAUGGCUGGAGGCGGUCCAGCGGCCUUCCUUCUUAUUCCCGGCAGUUCGCUAACAUCCCCGACUACGCAGGCGCCGCUGGAUCCGGGCCUGGGCCUGGCGCCAAUGGCUUCCAAUCGUCAUUUACAUCAUUAGCAGCCGCAGCAGGCUUUGUACCUAGCAUUACUGCAUCCGCCUCUUCCCCCUUCUCUGACCCUUCCUUUUUCAUCCCAUCCUACCUCCGCAACUCCCGCUACGUUGCCCGACUAGAAGCUGCCCGGCGCUCGAAGCUGGCCGCUGCUCAACGUGAGCCUCCUCCUCCUCCGUCUGCAUCAGUGCCAGCAUCAGCAUCCGCGUCGACAUCCAACAUCAUUAAUACCAACCAACCAUCACUCUCCGCCUCGUCGAGCCAUGCCAGUCUCCACCGCAUGGUGCCUUCGCAUCGAGGCAUGACGCACGAUAUAGCGGAGAAGGAGCCCGCCAUCGUAGAGGAUAAACCGCAGCCGCUGCCCUCUCGCUGGAACGAUAGUGACAGACACGAAGGUCUCGAUUUGCUUAAUGAUGGCAUGGAGGUGCGCUAUAUGGGCCAUCCGCACAAGGCGGAUUAUGAAGCUGCUUCGGUGCGCGCAGACUUUCCGAUGCCGCGCGAGGGCGGGAUAUAUUAUUAUGAAACCACCAUAUUGGUCAAGCCGAGAGAUGCGGUCAUUGCCAUCGGCUUCUCAUCGUCAAAAGCGUCUCUGGAGCGAUUGCCCGGCUGGGAUAGCGAGUCGUGGGCGUAUCAUGGCGACGAUGGAAAGGCGUUUAUUGGCGAGUCGCAGGGCCAGGGCCGUCCUUAUGGUCCUACGUUUUCUGUUAAUGAUACUAUUGGUUGUGGCAUCAAUUUCACGACGGGAUGUGCUUUUUUUACGAAGAAUGGGAUUAUGAUUGGAAUCGCAUUUAGAGACCUGCCGGCUUCGAAGAGUAUAGCUUUUUACCCGUCUAUCGGCAUGAAGAGGCAUCAUGGCAUGCAUAUUAGGACCAAUUUUGGCCAGCAGCCGUUUAUGUAUGACAUUGAUGGACUCGUCAAGAAAGAUAAGCUCGCCCUUCUCUCCGAGAUCAACGAGACAAGCACCGCCAAUCUUCAGCCUCCGUUAGACGAGGCCACGCUGCUGCAAGAACUUGUGGCUCAGUUUCUGGCCCAAGAUGGCUAUUACGAAACCGCCCACGCGUUUGCAGAAGAAGUGCGUCAAGAGUCGGUGAUUCUGGAGAACGGGCAGUCACGAUCACUCUAUCAAUACGAGCCAGGAGAAGAUAUUGAUGCAGCGCAUCGACAGAAAAUCCGCGCUGCUAUUCUGGAAGGCGAUAUUGACAAAGCUCUAAAAUAUACAAAUGCCUACUUUUCCCAGGUCUUACAAGACAACCCCCGUAUACUGUUCAAACUCCGGUGUCGAAAAUUCCUCGAAAUGCUGUGCAAAUGCAGCGACAUAUCGAGUGCAACAACAACAGCUAAUAAAAAGCCGAUUCAUAGCGACGACCAAGUACUUGAGCCUGAAGAAGGCGAAGAAGAAGAAGACAUGGAGGUCGAUGACCAGGAUGGCUACUCGGAUGCAGACGGAAUGGAUACCGAAGAGACCACAACAGUAACCACCGAUGACACCGCCAAAUUCCACGACCUCCUCACCGAAGCCGUUCAAUACGGACAACAACUACGAAUGGACUAUCUGUCGGACGAGAAUGCGGGCGAUAAACAGUAUCUGGCUGAUAUUUUUUCGCUGGUGGCGUAUUCGGAUCCUCGAUCGUCUGUGCAUGGGCACCACCUUGACGCUUCGGGGCGGGUUGCAGUGGCCGAUGAUCUGAAUUCCGCCAUACUAGUAUCCCUCGGCAAGUCAUCCUCCGCCGCUCUCGAGACUCUCUACUCCCAAACGGAAGUCCUCGUCAACGAACUGAGCGAAGACGGCGGGACCGGGUCAUUGAUCAAUAUCCGCGGUGACUUUCUUGCAUAG